UUUGAUUUUGAUACUACUAUCUGCUUUCACUGCCUUUGCCCAUCGACCAUGGCACCAAUAAAGUAAGCAGGUCCCAGGGAACGAUGAUUCGAUGAAGACGAAUAAAUAAAACCAGCACGCUAACCCGCAGCAAGCAAGCUGCAACUAGCAUCAAGAUAGACAGCAAAGGGGAGAGGCUCAUUUACAUAUAUAGCCCUGCUCCUACCCUUUUCCCUGGUUCCAUUAUUGGUUCUUGUGAAGGGCGGAGAAACAGAAGCAGAGAGCAAAGAGGACAUCAGUCCUUCAAUCAGUGAGGAGGACAAGCAAGUGUAUGCAUGAUGGCGUCUAAGAGGAUACAGAAGGAGCUCAAGGACCUGCAGAAGGAUCCCCCUACCUCAUGUAGCGCAGGUCCUGUGGGUGAAGAUAUGUUCCAUUGGCAGGCAACAAUAAUGGGUCCAUCUGACAGCCCAUAUGCUGGUGGAGUUUUCCUAGUUACUAUCCACUUCCCUCCUGAUUAUCCUUUCAAACCACCAAAGGUAGCGUUUCGUACCAAGGUGUUCCACCCAAACGUGAACAGCAACGGGAGCAUUUGCCUGGAUAUCUUGAAGGACCAAUGGAGCCCUGCUCUGACUAUCUCCAAGGUGUUGCUGUCCAUCUGCUCCCUGCUGUGUGACCCAAACCCCGACGACCCCCUGGUUCCCGAGAUCGCCCACAUGUACAAGACGGACCGGCACAAGUACGAGAGCACCGCCAGGACCUGGACGCAGAGGUACGCCAUGUGAUGUGAGACGGCGGACGGAUCGCCGGAGUCGAUCUUGUAAACAUUCUGUCUAUGUGCUAUGUGUUGUAUGGAUGAUCAAACAGGCUCUGCAGUUGCUCAAUUGCUGUCACUUGGAACGAACAUCGAACCGGUGCUAGAUAAUUUGGAUUCAGACAAUGUUGCCACCUACUCUACCAGCAUGUCAGUGCUUGCAAUGCAGUCGUUCACUGAA